CGCAGCGAUUGGGCGGCUCGAAAGGAGCCGCGCGUUGAUUGGUGGAGGCGCCGCGCGGUGGCGACAUUCAAACGGGGCGCGGGAGGGUCCGCACCGGGAACACCGCGUCUCUGCACUGGGACCAGCUGAGCUCCGCUCUCCGCAUCAACCCUAUUGGGAGCAGCUCGACUGCGCUCGACGCAUCGCCACACCGGCAGCUCGGCACCGGGAUCACAGCAUCGCCACAACUGCAGCAGCUCGGCACCGGGCACCGCAUCGAGGCGCUCAGCCACCGGUACCGAGGGAGCUACAGCACUGCUCACCGCACCGGAGCCCCGCGGUGGGCCCAGCGCAGCCGCUGCCGGCGGGCGGAUCGCGGUGCGGCUGCCCCGCAGCCUCCAUGGCCUCACAGAACGCGGACCCCGCCGCCCUGACCGGCCCGGCCGCCCGCAAAGGCGCGGAGGCGGGGGCCACGGCGGCCCGGGGCGCGGUCGGGAGGAGGCUGCAGCAGGAGCUGAUGGCACUGAUGAUGUCCGGUGACAAAGGCAUCUCUGCCUUCCCCGAGUCUGACAACCUCUUCAAGUGGAUCGGGACCAUCGACGGCGCCGCGGGCACGGCCUACGAGGGGCUGCGGUACCGGCUGUCGCUGGAGUUUCCCAGUGGGUACCCCUACGCUGCGCCCACCGUGCGGUUCCUGACGCCCUGCUACCACCCCAACGUCGACACCCAGGGCAACAUCUGCCUCGAUAUCCUCAAGGACAAGUGGUCAGCCCUCUACGACGUCCGAACCAUCCUGCUCUCCAUCCAGAGCCUGCUGGCAGAGCCCAACAUCGAGAGCCCCCUGAACGUAGAUGCCGCUGAGCACUGGAAGAACCAAGCAGCCUACAAAAAGUACGUGCAGGAGACGUACACCAAGCAGACCAAGACCCAGGAAACUUGACUGUGCUGCCACAUCUGUGCCCACUCCCUGUCCCACCCCUCCCCCGGCUCUUUGUAUCAUAGCCUGGUUUUAAAUUAAUAUUCCUGUCCGAGCCACGGUUAAUGUAUAAAU